AUGGCGACGUAUAAGAUUUUCGCCAUCGUAAGCAUCUUUGGUUUGUCCGUCUCCGGUCGCUCAUACCCCGUGACCCAUCAGUCAUUAGCCGACGUUUCAAAUUCAAAUCCCCGGGCGCCAAACUUUCAAUUUUUUACCCCCGAAGCUCCAAAAAAAAGUAACGAAAACUGUGAAAAAGUUAUCAAAAACGGCAUGAUGUGUUUUGUAUGCAAAGAUCCUCAAAAAAAGGGCCAAUUAGAACAAUGCGCGUAUCUAUCUCAUCCUCCGAAAAAAUAUUCGGGUCACAAAAAAGUAAAACCUGAGCCGGACAUUGACGAGCUUGGACCCAAGCCCACUAAAAACAAUGAAAAAAAAUUACGAAGAUACGACGAAAGUUCCGAAAGUGACGAUAAUUCAAAUUAUUCAGCCGAAUUUGACACUUUCGAUUACUACCCCGACUAUACAACAAAAUCUGAAACAUCAGCAAAAUUAACCGACGAUAAAAAUGACUGUCAUGACGUUAGAAGAGACGACGGCUCAAUUUGUACCGUUUGCAAAAAUUCAAAAAAUGGCGGCAACUCAGAGCGCUGCCGUCGCGAGUAUCAACCGAAAGAAAAUGUCUACAGUUACAGGAAGUCCAAUAGUUUUGGUUAUCCCAAAAAAUCAGUUGGGAACAAAGGAACCAAAAGCAAGAAGGGAGACGAUAAGGGUCAGCAGAGCCAAAGCUACAGAAGGCGCGAUAGUAAUGAUGAUGAUAAUGAUGAUACCGACAGUUACGACUACGAUGGGGCCGAAGACAGAAGAGGCUCGGAAAAUUGUGAAGAAGAAGAACGGGAUGGAAUGAUUUGCAAAAUUUGUUUGAAUCCAAGUACUAAUGGGAAAUCGGAACAGUGUUCGUAUUCUUAUCAACCGGAGGAUAAAUUAUUUGCUUACACUAAUAAGCGGUCAUUUGGUGAUCAUGGUGAUCGAGAUGAUUAAUUGAUUGAUUAAUAAGUAAUUUGGUCAAUUGGUAGGUUAAUUGGUUGAUUAAUCGAUGAAUUGGUUAAUUAAUGAGCGAAGUGGUUGAUUAGUUGUUCGAUUAAGUCAAUAGUUGAGUGAUUAAUUGAUUAAACGGUCAUUUAAUUGAAUAAA